AUGUCAGGAUACGGAGCACCACCUGCAGGCGGAGGAUUCUAUCCUCCAGCACAAGGUUCAUACCCAUCUCAAGGAGCAGCAGCAGGCUAUCCGCCUGCAGGUACUUAUCCGCCUCAAGGCGCGUAUCCCUCUGCUACCCACGGCGGCUAUCCCGCACCAGGUGGAGCUCCUUACGGUAAUCCCUAUGGCCCUCCUGCUCAUCCUCCAGCACCUGGACAAGCAUACCCGUACGGAGGAGCGGGAAGCGCACCGCCACCACCACCUCAGGCGCCUUACGGUGGAGGAUAUGCGCCCCCUCCUCCGCAGCACGGACAUGGCCAUCAUCACAGCCACAGCCAUGGCCAUAGUCAUUCGCAGGGACACGCAGCAUAUGCAGCUCCACCUCAACAGGGCGGUGCAUACUACUACAACGGCAUUCCAGUCCCUCCGCCUCCUGGUGCUCCGCCCGCGCCCCCUCCUGCUGGCAUAGACGGAGCUCAGCUGGCCGAGUCUGUUCGUAAAGCCACCAAAGGCUUCGGCACAGACGAGAAGCUUCUCAUUUCCACCAUAGCUCCAUUGGACGCCUUUCAAGUGGACGCGCUGAGCAAAUCUUUCAAGUCCAUUAGCGGCAAGGAGAUUGUCAAGGUUUUGGAAAAAGAGACGAGCGGAUGGUUCGAGUAUGCUCUCAGGUUAAAAGUGCUCGGACCAUUGGCUGGCGACUGUUGGUUGCUGAAUAGAGCGUGCGAUGGAGCGGGAACGCACGAGGAUCUGCUCAAUGAAGUGCUGCUCGCUCGCAGCAAUGCGGAUAUGUGGGCGCUGAAGCAGGCGUACAAGAGUAUUUAUGGCAAGGACCUCGAAAGAGUGGUGGAUGGCGAGCUGAGCGUAAAGACGAAACGCAUGUUCUCCAUGGGUGAGUUCGCAAACGAGAGGUCGCUCGAUCAUUCAUGUGUGCUCAUUUCUUGACUCUUCUUGGCCUCGAUGCUCCUAUGCAGCUAUGAACGGCAAUAGGACAGAAGAGAAUGUCCCUCCGAACCCGUCCGACAUUGCCCGCGACGUCCAGGCUCUGAAAUCUGCCGCGCGGGGUAUGGGAACGGACGAAAUCACGGUGCGUUCCGUUCGCCCUGGCUCCUCGUUCUCAGAAAUCUUGUGCGCAUCGCUUUUGCUGGCGCUGACGUCUGCGAAUUGCUCAAACCGCACAGAUUUGUUCCAUCCUUGUUGGUAGGUCUCAAGCGCAGCUAGUCGCUAUUGCCCGGGAGUAUCAACACAAACAUGGAGCCCUGUCCAGCAUGGUGCGAUCAGAGUGUGAGUCGUCUUGGCUAGCGAAUGCAUGCAAAGGGAUAUGUAGGAUCAUCGAAAUAGCUGACGUUGCCGUGUGCAUAUACACUCUUUCCUUGUGCACACAGUCUCGGGGCAUAUGAGGGACGCGCUGCUCUUUAUUGCCGAUGGAGCCGAAAGAGGUGGACAAGGAAUAGAGAGGGACGCUCAGUUGCUCGAGACCGCCAUGGCCGUGAGUGCUGCUCCACUUCUACGAGGUUCCUGUUAUACGAUGCCUGUGCUCACAUCGCUUUCCUCAUCUGAUUCGGAAUGACACGACGCCAAUACAGGGCAUGGGAACAAAAGAUGAACGUCUCACUUAUCGUCUGGUGCGUCUUGGCUCCUAGUCGAGUCACUUGGAGUUCUCUUUGCCCAACGACUGACUCGCCUCCCGCCCCGCAUCCCUUUUCCUUUUGGUCUUUUGAUCAUGCAGAUUCGAUUGCAUUGGAACAGGCAUCGCUUCAACGAGGUCAAGAUGGCCUACGCCGGACUCGUGAACAAGAAAGGUCUUCGAUCUAGGGUGGCAGGCGAGACUUCGGGCGACUAUGGACGCUUUUUGGAGGCCCUUGUGGGACACUGA